CUUGUAUAGACAGACAUCUUUGCUUCAGCUAUUAGUGUUAGUUUCAAAGUUUUGUUUUUAUCUAUAUUUAUUAUGACUACACUUGCUAAAGUGAGAUUAAUGAAAGACCUCAGAAGAAUACAAAUAGAUCCACCUCCAGGUAUAAGCGGUUGUCCUUCUGAUGAUAAUUUGUUCGAAUGGGAUGCUAUUAUUGUUGGGCCGCUAGAUACUCUUUAUGAAAAUGGCAUAUUCAAAUUACAUUUGUUUUUUUCUGAAAAUUAUCCCAUUGAUCCACCAUUGGUUAAAUUUAUUUCAAGAAUAUUUCAUCCUAAUGUAUUCCAUGAUGGAAUGGUUUGUAUGAAUACAUUAGUUACCCUUUGGACCCCAGCCUUGGAUGUUGCUGCAGUUUUGACCUCCAUACAGUCUCUCCUUGCUGAGCCUUAUUUUGAUUCACCAGCAAAUGAAACUGCAACUGUGUUCUAUACACAAAAUAAAAAAGGAUAUGCCAAAAUGGUUAGGGAAUGUGUUGAUUUAACCUUGCAAUAAUAAUAAGAAUAAGAAUAAGUUCCAUUUGGCUAAUUACUCAAACAUGCCACUUCAUGUUUAUAAUUAUAAUAUAUAUCAUUAUUGUAACCUGUAUGUUACCUGAUUUUCAAAUAAAAUUUAUACAUAAU